AUGGCAAACAGCGAUUUGUACAAGACGCCCCUCUACUGCAAGGCCUAUUACAUUCCCGGCGAUGAAGACCUCACUUACAUUAAGGACAACCCUUUGACCAAGAUCGAAAUGUGCGACCCCGCCAAAAUACUGCAGCUCUGCGAGAACCUCACGGACAUCCGGACAAAGAACCUCGAAGCUAAAUCUAACAUUUAUUUCAAAUCGGAAGCGGAAGCGGAAAAGGUGUUCUUCAUAAAUUUGUUCGACGUCUCCGACGAGGCGAUGAUCCAAGUCGUACAAGACAAAAUACUGGACGUACCUUUGCGCACCUCCCUCGGCGAAGACACCAUAUCCAACAUCGUGGAAUACAAGGACGAGACGUUGAAAUGCGCCGAGGACCUCGACCCUAAAAUACAGGCCCUAAUUGACAAGGUGGUACCGAACGAGUCCGGCGAUCUCGUCUUGGUGCCCAUCCUAGCCAAGGAGCGACGCACUAAUAUACCGAAGAAGCUCUACGUCACCCCGGUGUAUUUGGUGUGCUUCGUCAACCCCAACCGGGACGCGUCGUUCAUCAUACGACUGGUCCACGAAACGUUCAGGUACUGCUUGACCUUGCUGUUGAACACCAGACAAUGCGAGGAGGAGAAACGCUUGAAAAACCAGUGCCAAAGCCUGUUGAGCGUGGCCAGGAAGCUGUUCUCCCAUCUCGGCGAUCUGAACGAUCUAUUGAAGGAAAUCAUGUCCGAAGCGAGACGAUUGACCAACGCCGAACGGUGCUCCUUGUUCCUGUUGGACCCCGAUCACAUGCAUUUGGUGGCCAAAGUGUUCGAUGGAGUUAGCCCGACGGAUAAGAAAACGGAAGUGAGGAUAGCCAAGGACCAGGGAAUCGCCGGUCACGUUGCGGCGACUGGGAAAACGUUGAACAUAAAAAACGCCUACAAGCACCCGUUGUUUUACAAAGGCAUGGACGAAGCGACCGGUUUCAAGACUCGCAACAUCUUGUGCUUUCCUAUUAGAGACGAGGGCGGCAUAGUCGGGGUGGCGCAAUUGUGCAACAAAAUCGGCGGCGGGCAUUUCGAUUAUUUCGACGAGCAAGUCGCCAAUGCGUUUAGCAUCUAUUGCGGCAUAUCGAUAAUGCACAGUUUGGUGUACAAGAAGAUCCAAGACGCGCAAGCCAGGAGUCAACUGUCUAACGAAUUGAUGAUGUACCACAUGAGGGUGAGCGACAACGACGUGGCCGACGUCGUUUUGUGCGACAAAUACCACGACAUGACCGACUUCGACAGUUUCCAAUUCAUGCCGAGAAAAGUGCUGCAUUUCGAGAUUCCGUGUUACAUCAUCAAGGUGUUCGAGAAUUUGAAGCUCUUCGAGGAGUUCAGAAUAAAGAGGGACAUCCUGACCAGGUUCCUGUUGUACGUGAAGAAAGGGUACAGGGACUUGCCGUACCACAAUUGGGUGCAUGCGUUUUCCGUCAUGCAUUUCGCAUAUUUGGCUAUUAAGAACUUUCAAUUGGUGGAACUCGGUUAUUUAUCAAAAUUGGAAGUUUUGGCUUAUUUAAUAUCGUGCCUGUGUCACGACAUCGACCAUAGAGGAACGACCAAUUCCUUUCAACAACAAUCGAACAGCGUUCUGGCUGGUUUGUAUUCAAGUGAAGGUUCGGUCAUGGAGAGGCAUCAUCUUUCGCAAACACUGGCAACUCUUAACACAGAAGGUUGCAAUCUUCUCGAGUGCCUUAACAGGAGCGAUUACAUCAAAUGUUUGGAUUUAAUUAAAAAUAUGAUUCUGGCGACGGAUUUGCAAGUUCAUUAUAGACUCCACGCUAGGCAGGUCACUAUGGCUAUGGAAGGCUAUAACAGGAAAAAUGCUGAGCAUCGUUACUACCUAUGCAGUUUACUGAUGACGUGCGCAGAUUUGUCUGAUCAAACAAAAGAAUGGACGGAAACGAAAAACGUGGCUCGUUUGAUAUACGCAGAAUUCUUCACUCAAGGCGAUUUGGAGAAGAAAAUGGGCAAGGAACCUGCAGCGAUGAUGAACAGAGAGAAAGCCUCGAUACCCGAUCAUCAACUCGAAUUUUUGAGCGACUGUUGCGUUUGCAUAUUCCAGAUUUUGGCUCGAAUCUUCCCUCUGGCCGAAGGCCUCGUCGAGUCCAUCAACCAAAACAUAAAGGCCUGGGAGAAAUCCAAGCCGAUAUUCAAGCAAUUAAGCUUGAACUACACGACUUCGUACGAAAUUUUGACGAGCCAGGAGUUCGAAGACGCCGUUCAGGCCGCUCUCGGCCCCAAAGAGCAACCGGACGACUUGCUAGGCGAAGAGGAAUCCUCCGGCGAAGACCAGCAAGGAGAAGAGGAGGAGGACGAAGACGAAGAUGACGAAAGCGAAGAUAAGCGGCCCGGGGAGCAAACGGCUCACAUGUGUUGUGAAAUAACGUAA